AGUUUGUGAUUUACUACAGAUGCAUAUCAUGGGAGCUGGAGCUGUGCAGCUUCUUCUUUUAAUAAUCCUGGCUUUCCUAAAGGUACAUAGCCAGCCCCAUUUACUGGACCCUCAGUGCGCUAUGGCCAGAUCUGAUCAGGGACAAUAUCGGGUGAUCUACGGCAAGUCCGCAGACUUGUUUUCCAAUCCCUGGAUGGUGAUCAUCAUCAAGGGCGGGAUGAUGACGUGCGGCGGGUCGCUCAUCACGCCACGAUACGUUCUGACCGCUGCGCAUUGCAAUAGCGAACCCAAAAGUCAAUUAACAGUGCGCUUGGGUGAGUACGACGUUAAUCAGCCCAUCGAUUGCACGAGCUAUGGCUGCAUUUCCCGGCCCAAGGAGAUCAAUGUGACCAAAAUAUAUGUCCCCCAUCAAUAUUUAAGCUUCCGCAAAAAUGACAUAGCUUUGCUCAGGCUGGAGACGGUAGUUCAGUAUGGAGACCACAUUAGAUCGAUCUGCUUGCUUAUGGGAACCUACAACUGGGCGUCGGGCAUACUGAAAAAUGUAAAAAAGUUCAACACCACCGGAUGGGGUCGCACGGAAUCCCACACAAGCAGUGCUGUCCUGCAGCAAAUAACCAUGACGCACCACAGCCACAGCUACUGCGCCCAGUUUUUUGGCAAGCAAUUAGACAGCAGCACCCACAUUUGCACGGCCAGCAGCACGGGCUCCACUUGCAUGGGCGAUUCGGGAGGACCCCUAACUGCGAGGAUGCAUUUUGGGUCGGAAAAGAGGGUGGUACUCUUCGGAGUGGUCAGUUACGGGCUAAUUGACUGCAGUGGACCCACUGUCUUCACGAACGUGAUUCCCUUUGCGAAUUGGAUCGAGACUACAACCAAAAGAAAUUAACUUGAAAUAAGCGAUUA